AAUGAAGCCGGUCAGGCUGCGGUUCAUGCGGGGAAGAAGGAAAAGGACCUGAAAAGUAGAGCUGGCUUCUACUCAACGCGCAUUUUAAUCACGAUUUUUUAAAAAUACAUCCCACACAGAGGGCCUUCAUGAAGUGCCCCGAGCUGGUAUUAUGCCGGAGAAAGCCGCCGCAGCCCGGUGCUUGCUGUCCAAAUUUCGUCUAUUUAUUACACUCUGAAGCAGGAAUUCAGUUUAAAGACCUCCAAGUAGAUAGAUAGAUAUACUAAUUUAUCCAUUAAAGUGUUUUUCUACUUUGUUUUUUGCGGGUUUGUACACGUUAGCCAGCGAUAUUUUUGUCGUUUUUUAGUGUUUUUUAUGUAAGUGGAGGCAGGCGGGCAGGUUUAUCCGCACGAAAGCGAUGUACAACACAGUAUUGACGACGGAGAAAACCGGCGAGGACGGAGACUGGCGGGACGUGAUGAUGCCCUACUCCACCGAGCUGAUAUUUUACCUGGAAAUGGACCAACCGCCAGCUCUUCCUCCAAAGCCAGCAAAGCCCCAGCAGACGUCCUCAGUCGGGGUGGGAGGGGGCAGCAACAGCGGAGCAAAGGAGGGAGGAGCGGUAGGCUGUCUGCAGGAGGCCGAGUGGUACUGGGGGGACAUAUCCAGAGAGGAAGUGAACGACAAGCUCAGAGACAUGCCCGACGGGACCUUCCUGGUGCGGGACGCUUCCACCAAGAUGCAGGGGGACUACACGCUUACGCUGAGGAAAGGCGGGAACAACAAGCUAAUAAAGAUCUACCACCGGGACGGGAAGUAUGGCUUCUCUGACCCGCUGACGUUCGGCUCGGUGGUGGAGCUCAUCAGCCAUUACCGACACGAGUCUCUGGCUCAGUACAACACCAAGCUGGACGUCAAACUCAUGUACCCCAUCUCCCGCUUCCAGCAGGACCAGCUGGUGAAGGAGGACAACAUCGAUGCUGUGGGGAAGAAGCUCCAGGAGUACCACAAUCAGUACCAGGAGAAGAGCAAAGAGUACGACAGACUGUACGAAGAAUACACCAAGACAUCGCAGGAGAUCCAGAUGAAGCGGACGGCCAUUGAAGCCUUCAAUGAGACCAUCAAGAUCUUCGAGGAGCAGUGCCACACGCAGGAGCGCUACAGCAAGGACUACAUCGAGCGCUUCCGCCGGGAGGGCAACGACAAAGAGAUCGAGCGGAUCAUGAUGAACUACGAGAAGCUCAAGUCUCGGCUCGGGGAGAUCCACGACAGCAAGCUGCGACUGGAGCAGGACCUGAAGACACAAGCCAUGGACAACCGGGAGACGGACAAAAAGAUGAACAGCCUGAAGCCCGACCUCAUUCAGCUCCGCAAGAUCAGGGACCAGUACCUGGUCUGGCUCAAUCACAAAGGCGUUCGGCAGAAACGAAUCAACGACUGGCUCGGCAUAAAGAACGAGAACACCGAUGAAGGCUACUUUGUGAGCGAGGAGGAUGAGAACCUGCCCCACUGCGAUGAGAAGAGCUGGUUCGUCGGGGACCUGAACCGCACACAGGCGGAGGAGCUGCUCAUCGGGAAGCCAGACGGAGCCUUCCUCAUCCGAGAGAGCAGCAAAAAGGGCUGCUACGCCUGCUCCGUAGUCGUGGACGGCGAGGUGAAGCACUGCGUCAUCUACAGCACGCCACGCGGCUUCGGCUUCGCCGAGCCGUACAACCUGUACAGCAGCCUGAAGGACCUGGUGCUCCACUACCACCAGACCUCCCUGGUGCAGCACAACGACUCGCUCAACGUGCGCCUGGCCUACCCCGUCUACGCACAGAUGCCCUCCGGCCGCAGAUGAACCCCACACUGACCCCCGAGCCAGCCCGCCACCCCCAGCAGAGGGGCGGGGCUCGGCCACCGAGCUAAAUCUAUUUUUCCAGGAACAUUUUCGGAGGGCAUUCUUUCUAAAGACUGCUUGAUUUGCACAAGGAAGGUAGAAAUGUUUGUGAAUGUGAAGAAAAGGAAGGAAACAGAGGAGAGGUCAGAGUUUCAGGUUGACAACCCCCCCCCCCCCCCCCGCCCCGCUGCUACCUAAACUCCAGCUCAGACCACCAAACAUUCCCAUCAGCUCGCUUCUGUUGGUUUCCUUUAGUUUCCUCCCAGGCGGUGAAACGUGAAAAGAUGUAGCAUAUUGAGACUGCUGCUGGGUGGGAGGGAG